AUGUCUUCUUUUGUUUCUGCAGAUAACGCCCACCAGACCAAACAAGCGGCACGCAACGUGGCCUGGCACAAGUCGAAGUGGAAUAUCUUCCCGUACUCACGCAACAAAUACACACAUGACUCUACCAGCACUGCAGCAUGGCAGUCGGCCAAUGAUCAGGAUCUCGAAGGCCACCCGCUGGAGGGGUUGCCGAUCGGGCCGUCGGAUGAUCCAAGGACCCCGGGAAUCCCGCUGAACGGCCCCGGGUCGACGAGCAGAAACAUCAAUGCAUCGGGACGGGCCCCUGAUACGGCUGAUGGCCAGUUUGGAAGUGGUGAGACGUUUGUUGGCUCGAACCCUUUGUCGGCAGGGGAGCAGAAGGUCACUAGCAGUGCGCUUAACAAGUUACCAGCGAUGCGCUGGAGAUUCAAACGCAGUGUCACUGGCGAUGCGACGACGACACCCGAGGGGCCUACUGCCGAUGGCGUCAAGAAGAAGAAAAAGGAGUCGAGCAGUUUCUUCAAGCAUGUCGAGCCUAAGGAGCCGUUCACGGUUAGGAACCAGAUCCAACGGGUAUUCUUCAAUUCAUGGAUCAAUGUGUUGCUGAUUGCAGCACCGGUUGGUAUUGUAAUUGCCAAUAUUCACUCUGUCAGUAAGAUUGCCGUGUUUGUGGUUAAUUUUAUGGCAAUUGUUCCCCUGGCGGCCAUUCUGGGGUUUGCGACGGAGGAGAUUGCGUUCAGGACGGGCGAGACUGUGGGUGGUCUAUUGAAUGCCACCUUUGGAAACGCAGUCGAACUGAUCGUAGCCAUCAUCGCGCUUGCUGAUCGUCAAGUCGUCAUCGUUCAGACCUCCCUCAUCGGCAGCAUCCUCUCCAACUUACUCCUCGUCAUGGGCAUGUGCUUCUUCUUUGGCGGGCUGCGGAGACGGGAACAAUACUUCAACACCACCGUUGCGCAAACUUCUGCCAGCUUGCUCGCCCUCGCCGUGGCCAGUGUGAUCGUUCCGACAGUGUUUGACCGAUCCAGCCAGUCGCCACAGAACGAUGUUGCCAAGCUGUCUCGAGGCACCUCCGUCAUUCUGCUCUUCGUUUACUGCGCCUACUUGUUCUUCCAGCUCAAGACGCACUCAAUGGUCUUUGCCGAAGAAAGCCGGAAGGUUCAAGCCAAACCGUUCACCCACCCCAUGCGACGCAGCGUCCCCGAAGGCGCCGUCUCUCAGGGACUCGUCGCCCCAGCUGGCAUUAUCAGCGGCCAUGGCUUGGGAUCAGAGCAAUCCGAGAAUGAAAAGAUCCGGGAAAUGGUGACCAAGCCUCCUAUGAGGAGUGCUUCGGGGGCAACCCAAGGCGGCACCGUCAGUAAUCCCGGCAAAGGCAAUGUAGAGGAAGACAACGACAAAGAUGAGGUCACACUGCACUUUCUCGUUGCCAUCGCCACCCUCGCCGGGUCUACGGUUGUUAUCGCCAUUUGUGCAGAGUACAUGGUUGACUCCAUCAGCGCCAUCACCGCCAGCGGGGCUGUUUCUGAAGAAUUCGUCGGCUUGAUUCUUCUUCCUAUCGUGGGCAACGCAGCUGAGCACGCCACUGCUGUAACUGUUGCCAUCAAGGACAAGAUGGAUCUUGCUAUUGGGGUGGCGGUGGGUUCGAGCAUGCAAGUGGCGUUGUUUAUCAUCCCCUUGCUUGUUAUUAUUGGGUGGGGGAUGGGGAUCGAUGCCAUGACGCUGAGCUUUGAUCCAUUCCAGGUGGCGGUGUUGUUUGUUGCGGUGUUGCUGGUGAAUUAUUUGAUAAAUGACGGGAAGAGUCAUUGGUUGGAGGGGAUGUUGCUUAUGUGUUUGUAUGCCAUCAUUGCGAUUUGUUCUUGGUGUAAGUUUCCUCGCAGUGAAGAGUUUGGGACAGCAAGAUUGCUAACGUGGCCAUGUGUAGGGUAUCCGACCGAUGGGAGUAGUAUUGCCGGGGGGGCGGAUAACAGGACUUUGGAGUUGAGUCUUUAG